GCCGGGGCGGGUCGCGGCGACCCUCGGUGCCCCUGCGAACAUGGCGCUGCAAGUGGCGCGGACCCUGCGGGCUAUGGCCUGCAGCCUGCGCUCGGCCUCCGCGCCCGCCUCGCCCUGCCCGCCGUGGUCCUGGCGGCUGGGAGCGGGCGCCGUCCGGACGUUGCGCACGGGACCCGCUCUGCUCGCAGUGCGUAAAUUCACGGAGAAACAUGAAUGGGUGACAGCAGAGAAUGGUGUUGGGACAGUGGGAAUCAGCAAUUUUGCACAGGAAGCUUUGGGAGAUGUUGUUUACUGUAGUCUACCUGAAGUUGGGACAAAAUUAAACAAACAAGGUUGGCUGAUCAAGAUGACCCUGAGUAACCCUUCAGAACUAGAUGAACUAAUGAGUGAAGAAGCGUAUGAGAGAUACGUAAAAUCUCUUGAGGAGUGAAAAUGGAACUCCUGAAUAAACUAGUGUGAAAUAACUUAAUCCAGCAUAGUUGUCUUUAAUUAGUGCUGGGUAGGUGACUUAAAAUAGCAACUACUCUCAACACUGCUAAUGAAAGAAAAUAGUCCUUAACUUUCUAAUGGUUGUAGAUAAACAAAAUAUGCAUCUUUUUCAAAAUACGCUAUGAUUUUCAGACUGGCCUCUAGUAUUCAUAUUUCAGGAAAUUAUCCAUGGUAAAAACGAGUUAUAAAAAUUAUGUAAUGAAAGGAUAACAUUGUUAUCUUAAGCCUUAGAUAAUAUUGUAACUUGCUUUCAUCCAUACCAGGAUUUGAGUUGGAAUACUUAAUGAUCUUUCCAUUGAAAUUAACUGGGAGUGAAGUUUUUCUUGGUUGUACAGUGAUAUUAUCUUAAUUUUGUAAUACACUGCAUUUGCUGGUGCUAUUUUUAUACAGUGAGCAGCAGCUUUGCAGCAAAAUAAUAAAAUAUUCAACUUCUUCAUUAA